GAUCUCCCCUAUUAAUACUCCAUCGUGUCCGUGUCCUAGAAAAACUUCUGCACACGCAGCCGACGCCCUUCUCUAUCUAGCUAAAUCUCCAUUUUAAUUCCUCUCUCUCUCUCUCUUUGUGUCUUUCUCAAGGGAGAAUUAACCAUCAAAUCAAUAUAUACAAUGAGCUUGAUCAGCAUGAUGGAGGCGAACCUGCCGCCGGGGUUCCGGUUCCACCCCAGGGACGAGGAGCUCGUCGUGGACUACCUCUACCACAAGCUCUCCGGCGGCGGCGAGUUCUACGGCGGCGUGGCCAUGGUCGACGUCGACCUCAACAAGUGCGAGCCGUGGGAGCUUCCAGACGCCGCGCGGGUGGGCGCCACGGAGUGGUACUUCUUCAGCCUGCACGACCGCAAGUACGCCACGGGGCAGCGCACCAACCGCGCCACCCGCUCCGGCUACUGGAAGGCCACCGGCAAGGACCGCGCCAUCGUCACCCGCCGCCGCGCCGCCGCCGGAGAGGCCGUCGCCGGCGGCGAGGUGGUCGGGAUGAGGAAGACGCUGGUGUUCUACCAAGGGAGAGCCCCCCGGGGCAGCAAGACGGAGUGGGUCAUGCACGAGUUCCGCGUGGACGGACAUGCCGUUGCCGACCACCCCUCCUCGUCCACCUCCUCCUCCUCAUCUAAUCUUCUCAAGGAGGACUGGGUGCUGUGCAGGGUGUUCUACAAGAGCAGAACGGCUACACCAAGGGCAGUAGUCUCCGGUGAGGCUGCCGUGUCACUGUCCGGUGAGCUCAGCUUGCCGCCGCCGCUGCCGCCGCCCGUUGCCCCCGCCGUCGUCGACGGCUACACCGGCGGCGGCUAUUACGAGCAAGACAGCUCAGCUGGGUACCACCACCACCACCACCACCGGCCGCCGCCGUCGGCAGCAUUGCCGUUCAAGGACCUGACGGACUUCAGGGACCUGCUGAGCAACAUGGCACAAGGCGGCGGCGGCGGCGCUGCCGCCGCCAAGACGGAGGGGUUCCAUCUUGGCUGGAGCGAGGAGGAGUCCUCCGGCUACGUGCAGCAGAGCGCCAUGGCGUCGCAGGCGUGGAACCCGUUCUAGCUUAGCUAGAGCUAGAGCUAGAGCUAUAUAUAGCUGAUAUAAGCUGAUCCAGUUCUGAACUUUUUUCAGAAAUGGUGAUGAUAUACAAAGGCAAAGUUUGUAGGUGUAGCUUAGACAAUGUAAAUGUAAUUUAUCUUCGUUGUUUCAGUAAUUUUCCUUUGUUAAUUAGCGUGGUUGAAUCCUAGUUGUGCUACUGCUAGUUAACAGCGUAGUGACAAACAAUUUGUAAAUGUGGAGAUGGUUUGGUUUACAGUAACUUUUGAGAUGUACAAAGGAUUGCUCCAUUCAGUUCAUUGGUUGCUAAAGAAGAGAAAUAGAUUCGAUCGUUACUCAUCUUCCAA